UGGUUUCUGUAUGUAUGACCUGAGCUCGCAUCCAGAAGUAAUCAGUUUUCUGUGAGCUGGUGAAGAGAGCAAAGCAGAGCAGCAGAAGUCGGCGCAGAGUUGUAGAGAAGGAAGCAGCAGGGAACUUGCUUGACUGCAACAAAACAAAAAUGAAGUACCGCACUUUGGUCCUGGUGCUCGUUUUGGCCGCCAUCAUUUGCGAUGCGCAGGCAUCAAAACCGGAGAAGAGGAAACACAAGAAGAUUCGUCGCAUGCCCGGCACCAAGAUCGAAUCUUUGCCUGUAGACUUGACCCACGCUGACGGUGAUGACCUCUUCAAGAUGAUGGAGGCCGAUGACGAGUUCGACAAUCUGAAGAAGUCCGAUGAAUUCGCCGAGGAAAUACCGCCAGAGGAUGACCUCGUCCCAAAGAUAUUGAAUCCUUGCGGUAAUGUCCAUUGCAGCGCCGGAAGAGUCUGCGAAGUAGAUGAUUUAGGAGAGGCUGAAUGCGUUUGCAUCAAGAGUUGUCCGGUGGAGACGGAAUCCCGCAGGAAGGUGUGCACGAACCACAACGAAACCUGGACCUCCGAUUGCUCCGUUUACCAGCAGAGGUGUUGGUGCGAUAGGGCCGAUGAGAGAUGUAAGGGAGACGAGUACAAGCACAUCCACAUCGAGUACUACGGAGAAUGCAAGGAUAUGCCGAGCUGCCGCAAAGAGGAGAUGGCCGAUUUCCCACGCAGAAUGAGGGAUUGGCUUUUCAACAUCAUGAGGGAUUUGGCCGACAGGAAGGAACUGCCAGAACAUUACCUGCAGAUGGAAAGGGAAGCCGAGACGAACAUGACCAGAAGGUGGACCAACGCUGCGAUCUGGAAGUGGUGCGAUUUGGACGGACAUCCUCAUGAUAGAUCCGUUUCUCGUCACGAACUGUUCCCAAUCAAAGCUCCAUUGAUGGCUUUGGAACACUGCAUCGCUCCGUUCUUCGAUCAAUGCGAUACUGAUAACAACCAUCGUAUCACUCUGACCGAAUGGGCUACAUGCUUGGAACUCGACGAGACCGACAUCGAAGAGAGAUGCGACAGACUCGAGGACAACAUGAACGAGAUCGAUGCCGUUUAGAUUCGAUCGCGAUUCCAAAGCAUUUUAUUUUAUAUAUAUAUACAUUUUUCCUACUAUUUCUAACGAAAUCCUUAGUUUAAUACGAAACACGUGGAGCCGAAUGCGAUGGUGCUAAAUGAAACUUAACAAUAAUGGAUCCAAUUUGCGGAUCUUGAACAAAUCUACUGCCUUAUUUUUCUAUUUCCAUAAUUAUUGUUUCCUUUCAAAACUUAAACAAAUAACAAAUUUGUAAAUAAUAUAUAAAUAUACAUAAUUAAAAGAUAUACUUGUACGUUUUUACUGUAAAGAUAAACAUUAAAUAUUACUUUACCAUACGUCUUCAUAAAACAGUAAUUACUAUUUAAUUGUCAAGUAACUUGUACAAGUACUUAGGAGAACGUAAUUGUUAAACAAAGAAAGUAUAUUAUUCAUAAAAAAACAAUUGACCAACAAAUGAGCUAAGAACUUGACAAUUUACUUGUAUUUUAUUCUGAAGAAAACAACACAUUAUGAACAGAAAGUUAUUAUUGAUGACAAUUUGUAUCGAACUUUAAAUAAAUAGAGAACAGAAGCUGCUGUGUAAAUCAAAGAUAAGUGCAUAUUAAAUGUAACAUUUCA